AAUCGCUAUCAAUGUCUCUAGUUUGACACCGAUAUGCUUUUCGUUUCGUAGGGAGGAGGCAGACGUUAGUUUCUAUAUUAAAGUGUCACGUUUGUUAGUUUGACAGUAAUUUUACAACAUGUAUCGCAUCAUAUAUCCAUAAUGUAGUCUGGGCAUGUUGUUGACGUAAAGCUAUUGAUCAGUUACCAGACAAUUUUCGAUAAAAGGUCGAAGGAAACUGACGGAACAGGAAGGCGGAACAAGGUCAAAGACUGAGUUGACACAAAUACCAAAGGACAAUCCAUAACAAAAACUCUGGUUGUUGACCCAACCUUUUGACUGCUUUCACUUCAACAGUAAAUAAUUCGCCGGAAGCGUUCAAACACAUCGUCCGCCACCACUGCAUGCAACCAUGUCCUUGGCCCUGAAACAAGUCUUCAACAAAGACAGGACAUUCCGGCCAAAGCGCAAGUUUGAGCCCGGGACGCAGCGCUUCGAGCUGCACAAGAAGGCCCAGGCGUCUCUGAAUGCAGGGCUGGACCUGAAGCAGGCAGUGCAGCUGCCCCACGGCGAGGACCUCAAUGAUUGGGUGGCCGUCCACGUGGUCGACUUCUUCAACCGCAUCAACCUCAUCUACGGCACCAUCAGCGACUCCUGCACCGAUCAAACCUGCCCCGUCAUGUCCGGUGGGCCCAAAUACGAAUACCGCUGGCAGGACGAGCACAAGUACAAGAGGCCGACGGCACUGUCAGCCCCCAAGUACAUGAGCCUGCUCAUGGAUUGGAUUGAGGUACAAAUCAACAAUGAAAACAUCUUCCCUACCAACGUCGGUACUCCCUUCCCUAAGACCUUCAUGCAGGUGGCUAAGAAGAUUUUGUCUCGUCUGUUCCGGGUGUUUGUCCACGUCUACAUCCACCACUUUGACCGCGUGAGCCAGAUGGGGGCCGAGGCUCACGUGAACACCUGCUACAAGCAUUUCUAUUACUUUGUCACCGAGUUCAACCUCACGGACCACAAAGAGCUGGAGCCUCUGAAAGAGAUGACCUCUCGGAUGUGCCACUGAGGGAGCGUAGCUGACCUGCCGGACGAAGGCAUCCGUCCAUCUACAAGACUGCAUCGGCGAACAAUAACAGCAAAACAAAUUUAAAAAAAAAAAGAGUCUAUUUUUAUAUUUAAGUACUGUAAUCUAUUUUAGCCACAUACUGUAGGUUUUAACGAAGAACCUUGUCUUAUGAGGCGUUCUGUUCCUUAUGAAAAGUUUUCAGACAUUUUAUGAGAGCACAGUAUUAAGAGCUGUAUGUUUGUGUUGAUGUUUUUCUAUUUUAUUUGAAUCUCAAUCAUUCCAGGAUGCUUCUAUUUUUUUUUCUGUCUGUUUAAAAUGAUCUAAAAUUAGUACGAUUUCCUACUGUACAUCUAUAAAAUCCAUUAUGUUGUUACAUUAAAACUAUUCUCUAUUAUAA